AGUUUGUGUUGACAGGUUCUAUUCUUUUAGAAUUUAGUAAACUGUACCCGAGAUACUUCUGCUUUUAUUUCUACUUCCUUGAUGAUUGGUCUAUCAAUAUUACUUUGAGACGUUUCUACAUAUUAGAGGAAUUGAAAAAAGAUAGUGAAAUGCCCGGGGAAGUACCUAAAAUACCACAGCCAAAAGAGCACAAGGCUAAGAUCUGCCUAUGGGCUGAUUUAGACGUUCACAAAUCUGAAGAGAUCAAGGGAGCAGUGAAUAUGGAAGAAGUCAAGAGGAUUUUAGCGGAGCAUUUUUCCCUGACUGACUAUAAGGAGAAUCCUAGAUCUGCUGCUCUACUUGAUCUCUACUUCUAUGCCACACAGUUUGCAUUGAAUCAUAAUUUCACCAAGGAACAGCUCUCUGUUUUCUUUUCCAUUGUGAAGAAAACACAUAUGGUCUGUGUUGAAACUCCAUUUGGAAAUGUUGAGCAGUGCUAUGACUACUUCAAAGAACUUGUGCUGUGUCAUGCAGUUUUGAGACCCCCCUGGAGUGUCAACCUGUUCGGACAUGAGCAUGUUCGUCUUGUCAUCGAUUACGUGGUGAACACAUACUUCCGCCACUUCAAGCUUUACAAAUACGUCUUCACCCCUCUGGUCAAGCUGGACCUCUCAAUCUCGUACGCUGGGAUGCCAGAAGAGGAUGAGCCCCAAACUCAAGAGGAAGAAUUGAAGGCCAUUGAGGAGGAGGCAGAUGGGCCUACGGAAGAAGAUCAGGACCAGAUUACGCCUGAAGGACGAGAAUCAGAGAAACCACCCAGUCCUGAAGAAGAGGAAUCGGAGACCACCAAGGAACUCCGUAAGCUGAUCACCACACAGCUCAAUGACGAACUUUCCAAACUACGCAUCAAUCUCUCUGACCAGAUCCAGCAGAAUAAUGACUCUCUUCAGAAGAAACUCUCCUUGGCAGACGAUCCAGGGAGUGGCAAGCAGGGCCGUGCCUCCAGUAAGAGCAAGAAGAAGUAGUGCCAUUGAAGGCACCCUUGUGAAUGUAUUUUGGACCGUUAACUGUCAUGAUCUGUUAGAUUUUACUAAUGAAGAGAGGAUCAUAUUUUGUUUUGAAGUCAGGAUGAUGAAGGAUCUUGACACACCGCAGCACAGCAGUUGGGAGGAUUUGGAAGGACCCAAUUAUACCUGAAGUGUUUAGACUAUUCAUAAUGGACGAUUUAUCAUUCUUACCUCUUCUGAUCUUUCUAAAGUUCCAGUUCUUGGCCUGGCCUGUGCUGGCCUUUAAGAAGCCUGGUAAAAAAAAACUCACACCUGAUGCACAAGAUAAGAGAUCAAGGAAAGGUUUUACUUUGUUGGGGUGCAAGGCAAUUCCAAGUUUGAAGUGGUAUAAGAAUGUAUGGGAAUAUAUUUAUGUAUUGUCUAAGUGUCAUUUAUUGAUAGAAAAACUCUUUAUGACAAGAUAAGGCAAUAAUAAAACAUCAAUAUCCAGCAUUUGUGAUAUGUUUUUCUUAUCACAACUGUCUAUGACUGAUGCUGAUGCCUAAGGAUUAUUUUUUUUCACUCUUCCAUCCUUCAACCUGUCCAACUGUUCCUCCUUCCCUCCGGCUACUUUCACCCCCACUCUCCAUAUCUCUCUCUUGUUUCCCAUUACUUUCUCUCUCUCUCUCUCUCUGUUUACAUCUACAUAUCUCUAAUAUUAAAUGUAUCUUAGUUAUGUUUCUAGUAGUUAAGUGAACAUUUAUUGUGUUAUAUAUUUAUAUUCUAUUGCAAUGAAAUUAUAUUGUUAAUGCAUUUUGAAGAAAGACUAAAUGACAUAAGUUUGUUAAACUAUUUCUGAAUAAAGAUUUAUUUCAAAAUUA